AUGGAUGACGACACGGAUGAUAAGGAUGAUACUAAAAGGAGAUCUAGAAACUUGAGCGAGAAAAAAAGAAGAGAUCAAUUUAACAUGCUUAUCAAUGAAUUAAGUUCAAUGGUGUCUACGAAUAAUAGAAAAAUGGAUAAAUCGACAGUUUUGAAAUCGACUAUAGCAUUUCUCGAAAGUCACAAUGAAUUGGCUGUCAGAUCGAGAGCUCAUGAAAUUCAAGAAGAUUGGAAACCAUCUUUUUUAUCCAACGAAGAAUUUGCACAUUUGAUACUAGAAGCUGUCGAAGGUUUCAUAAUCGCUUUUUCAACCUGUGGAACAAUUAUUUAUGUUUCCGGAAGCAUAACAUCACUUUUAGGAUAUUUGCCUGGAGAGUUGAUGAAACCUUCUGUUACCAUUUUUGAUAUUUUGUACGAAGAGGAUCAACCCAACAUUUACAACAUCCUAUCGAAUUCGGAACACGGUUUCGGUUCGAAUAUUGGAAAAGAAAAUCAAAUGGAAUUUUCGUGUCAUUUGCGACGAGGUGUAGACGAUUAUCGCGACGAACCCGUUUACCAAUUGGUACAUUUUGUCGGUUAUUUUAAAACUGAUUCGAGUAAAACCGAUGUGGAUAACAUGGUAUCGAGUACGAAUCGAUAUACCGGAGAUGGAGAAUCGUCUUUGAUGUUCGUCGGAACCGGUCGUUUGGAUACACCUCAAUUAAUCAGGGAAAUGACAAUAAGUGAUAAUUUAAAAAGUGAAUUCACGUCACGUCACAAUUUAGAUUGGAAAUUUCUCGCAUUGGAUUCGAGAGCGACGCCCAUUAUCGGUUACGUACAAUUAGAAGUCGUCGGUACUUCCGGUUAUGAUUAUUAUCACAUCGACGAUUUGGAUAAAAUUGUCGUUUGUCACGAAACACUGAUGGAAAAGGGUGAAGGAACUUCCUGUUACUAUCGUUUUCUAACAAAAGGUCAACAGUGGAUUUGGCUUCAGACGCGAUUUUACAUAUCGUAUCAUCAGUGGAAUUCGAAACCUGAAUUCAUAGUGUGCACUCAUCGUGUUGUCAGUUACGUUGACGUCAUGAAUGAAUUUAAAAAGUAUCCGUGCGAUGAUAAUACGAGCGAUUCAAAAGCUAAUACCAACGAUUCCACGUCGAAAUCGAAAAGGAAAUCUUGCAGUCUCGAUCAAGUUGCAUCGUCGCCAUGGUCGUCGAAAUCAUCCGUCGGACCCGUGCCACAAAUAGAAGUAUCAUCUCCCACUUCCGCAACGAAAUCUCAGCGUAAGAGAUAUCAGGGACCCGGAAGUGAUUCGGCAUCCAUGGCGUCUGCAGAUUCUCCCGGUUCCAGACAUUCCCAACUUACGACUUUGACCGCACACAGUCAAAGAGUGCAAAAUACUUCGAAAAAAUCUCUUUCCAUGACAAAACUUCCCGUGUUAUCCCCUGCCCAAGCUUCGACCACGUUCAUCGAAUCUCAACAUCAGUACGCUGUUGCUGCCAUUCCUUUACAACCGAUAAUUGGCUUCCCGGGAACUGCUGUCGUCACUUCGAUUCCAACACAAGAAUUGUUGUGUCAUCCUCAAGCGCAACUUUCCGAUCACGUGAAAAGAAAACAACACGAAUUAAAUCAAUUACGUCAAUUGAUGUACAGGAAGGAAGAAGAACUUCAACAGUGUCUUUUGGUACAGGGAAGAUGCGGAAUCGUGAGCGUACCUUCUUAUACCGUGUCCGGAGAAUGUUCGGGAACGAAUCAAUCCACUAAUCAAUCCGGUCCUGAUUUGUACGUGACGUCACAUUCCAUAGUCGCAUCUCCUCUCACGGUGACGACGAUAUCUCCGUCGGAUAUACGACUACAACCUGCCAAUUCGUCAUCGGAAUCUCAUUCGGGUGGAAUUUACAACGAUCAACAUUCGCAAUCGGAUUCGGAAUUGAUUCCUUUUCAAUUUUCACAACAGCAAGCUCAGUUUCUUUUCACGAACAUUUCGCCGCCGCCGAAUAGUCAUUAA